CCUCUGCCUGCGUGCCCGGCCUCCGCAAUAACACCAUUCAUCGCCUGCCUCUCGGGGCACCGGGGAAGCCCCAGCCACGCGCCAGGGUUCUCGCUCAGAAGUUUUCCCAGAGAUAACUUCACCAAGAUGUCCAGUGACAGGCAGAGGUCGGAUGAUGAGAGCCCUAGCACCAGCAGUGGCAGUUCAGAUGCAGACCAGCGAGACCCUGCCGCUCCAGAGCCCGAGGAACAGGAAGAAAGAAAACCUUCUGCCACCCAGCAGAAGAAAAACACCAAACUCUCUAGCAAAACGACUGCUAAGUUAUCCACUAGUGCUAAAAGAAUUCAGAAGGAGCUAGCUGAGAUAACCCUUGAUCCUCCUCCUAACUGCAGUGCUGGGCCUAAAGGAGAUAACAUUUAUGAAUGGAGGUCAACUAUACUUGGUCCACCAGGUUCUGUAUAUGAAGGUGGUGUUUUUUUUCUGGAUAUCACAUUUUCUUCAGAUUAUCCAUUUAAGCCACCAAAGGUUACUUUCCGCACCAGAAUCUACCACUGCAACAUCAACAGUCAGGGAGUCAUCUGCCUGGAUAUUCUGAAAGACAAGGAUCUUGCUUUAAUUAUUUCAAAGGUUUUGCUCUCUAUUUGUUCCCUUUUGACAGAUUGCAACCCCGCGGAUCCUCUGGUUGGAAGCAUAGCCACUCAGUAUUUGACCAACAGAGCAGAACAUGACAGGAUAGCCAGACAGUGGACCAAGAGAUACGCAACAUAAUUCACAUCAUUUGUAUACAGUGUGAAGGAGCAGAAGGCCUCUUCCCACUGUGCUGCGGAUCUUUAUAGCCUUUACAAUACGGACUUCUGUGUAUAUGUUAUACUGAUUCUACUCUUGCCUUUAGCCUUUGGAGACUGGGAGACUCCCCAAAAGGUAAAAGCUACCAAGAGUAGAACUUUGUAGCUGUAGAUUAGUUAUGUUUAAAAUGCCUACUUGCAAGUCUUGCUUCUUUGGGAUAUCAAAAUGUAUUUUGUGAUGUACUAAGGAUACUGGUCCUGAAGUCUACCAAAUAUUAUAGUGCAUUUUAGCCUAAUUCAUUAUCUGUAUGAAGUUAUAAAAGUAGCUGUAGAUGACUAGGAAUUAUGUCAUUUGUAUUAAGCCCAGAUCUAUUUCUGAGUAUGUGGUUCAUGCUGUUGUGAAAAUGUUUUACCUUUGUCAGUUUGUAAUGAGAGGAUUUCCUUCUACCCUUUGUAGCUCAGAGAGCACUGAUGUAUCAUCUCAAACACAAUAAACAUGCUCCUGAAGGCAUA